GGGGAAACAAAUGUAACAUUAACAGUUUGCAGUUCCUUGUUUUGUGUGAUUAUAGAAGUUUGUUACUGCUACCAACAUCCAGUUACUUCAAAUAGUAGCUUCUGUCAGGUCUGCUUCAUUCUUUUGAGUUGGAAUACGGCUUAUUCGUUUUUCACAGAGCCGACUAAAGGACUGAUUUUACCCAGGUGGGAUGGGUUGUGCGGGUUCUAGGGCGAAUAAUGGUAAAGCCUUGAAGAAAAAGAAUACACAGAUACCUGAAACCAACCGCUACAGCGGCGACCCAUCUAUGACACAGAGAUCUGCAUUCCUGCUUCCUGGACAGAUUCUACAAAAUGUGGAUGCUUGCGUGGCUCGGGAGCAAAUUGUUGUCGCCCUGUUUUCUUAUGAGCCUUUGAAAAAGGCAGAUUUGGGCUUCAAGAAGGGAGAGAGGCUCAAAAUACUAAAAGCGGAUGGUGAUUGGUGGAGUGCCAAAUCUUUGUCCUCCGGUCAUGAGGGUCUUAUACCUUCAAACUAUGUCGUACCAGCUGACAGCAUGGACGCAAAUGAAUGGUUUUUUAGGAACGUUAGCAGAAGGGAUGCUGAGAGACAACUGCUGGCUCCCUCCAACAAACCAGGAACCUUCCUCAUUCGGGACAGCGAGACGACUCCAGGAAAUUACUCCAUGUCGGUGAGAGACGUGAGUCCUGAUGGUUCAGAUCAGAUCAAGCACUAUAAGAUCCGCAAACUUGAUAGUGGAGGAUUCUACAUUUCUCCCCGAAUCACCUUCAGAAAGUUAGAAGAUCUCAUCAAACACUACCAGAAGAAUUCUGACGGCCUUUGUAGACGUUUGGAUAAAGCAUGUGUAAAGCCUCAAGUCGCCAACUUGUGGGAUCAGGAUGCCUGGGAGAUCAGAAAAGACACCCUGCGUAUGGUGAAGAAGCUUGGUGCUGGACAGUUUGGAGAGGUCUGGAUGGCGUACUAUAAUAACCAGACUAAAGUAGCAGUGAAAACACUGAAGCCCGGCAGUAUGACAGUGGAGGCAUUUCUCCAGGAAGCAAACCUCAUGAAGACCCUGCAGCACGAGCGGCUUGUUCGUCUCUACGCCGUAGUGACCAAAACCCCACCGAUCUACAUCAUCACAGAGUAUAUGGCUAACGGCAGUCUGUUGGAUUUCCUGAAGAGUCUGGCCGGCAGAAAAGAACAGCUUCCUAAACUCAUCGAUUUCUGUGCCCAAAUAGCAGAGGGAAUGGCGUAUCUUGAAAAGAAGAACUUCAUCCACAGAGAUCUGCGAGCCGCUAAUGUACUCGUAAGUGAAAGUCUGCUGUGUAAAAUUGCAGACUUUGGCCUAGCCAGAGUCAUCGAAGACAACGAGUACUCAGCGAGAGAAGGAGCUAAAUUCCCCAUAAAAUGGACGGCCCCUGAAGCCAUUAAUUACGGUUCCUUUACCAUUAAAUCUGACAUGUGGUCUUUUGGUGUUCUUAUAUACGAAACUGUCACCUAUGGCAAAACCCCCUAUGCAGGCCUGAGCAAUAGUGAGGUGAUGGUGAAAGUUCAGCGGGGAUAUCGGAUGCAGUGUCCCGAGAACUGCCCUCAAGAGCUCUAUGACUUCAUGAAGAUGUGCUGGAAGGACAAACCUGAGGAGAGACCCACCUUUGAAUACAUGCAGAGUGCCUUGGAGGAUUAUAACACUGCCACUGAGGGCCAGUACCAACAACAAUAAGACAAUAACUCCCAUGCCAACAGGACAGUUAAAGGAGCUCUUGAUGAACAUGUCCAUUUACUUUUUUUAAAAUCAAUGUUUUAGCUUUAAAUGCAUAUGAAUGUAUAUAGGAAAGUGUAUAUCUGAGGCACAGUAUCUAUUCACCAAUUAAGCUUUUAACCAUUUUGUAAUCACCUUUCUUUCGCUAGUUAAUUUUCAUCGUCCCACAGUGUGAAGUGUGAUAACUCUGUUAACCAAAAAUUACACCAUUAUCCACAUUGAAUUAAUUGCAUGUGUUAUGACAAUAAUUAUGUGACCCAAUUAUAUUAUACAUAUACUAGCAUAAAACUAAUAUAUAUGUAGAUAUUUGAGCCACCAACCAAAUGCACAACAAUACAUAUGAAAUACACUUUGGUGAAUUAAAGUACCAAU